CUGGAGACUUAUAAAUACAGAUGUCUUCUUCUUCAGCUUCAUUUCGCAGAUUCAUGGCGAGCUUGUCGAGCUCUUCGUCUCUCUGGCACGGCGUCUCUCUCCGCGGUCCUCGCUCCGGUUCUUUUGCUGCGACUCGGAGCUCUCCUUUGAUCGGUUGCAGAAGAAACUUCCGCAGAAGCUUCUUCGUCGCUUCGUCGGCUUUGGCGAACGAGAAUCGAGAGUUCGUGAUCGUCGGCGGUGGCAAUGCGGCUGGUUACGCCGCGAGGACUUUCGUCGAACACGGCAUGGCCGAUGGGCGACUUUGCAUCGUCGCUAAAGAGGCGUAUGCACCAUAUGAACGUCCUGCAUUGACGAAAGCCUACUUGUUCCCUCUAGAUAAGAAACCAGCUCGAUUACCUGGGUUUCAUACUUGUGUUGGGUCCGGUGGGGAAAGACAAACACCUGAGUGGUAUAAAGAGAGAGGAAUAGAGACGAUAUAUAACGAUGCUGUGACAAGCAUUGAUAUUGAAAAGCAAACUCUGACCACAAAUUCUGGAAAGCUGCUCAAGUACGGAUCUCUUAUUGUUGCCACAGGGUGUACUGCUUCAAGAUUUCCAGAGAAAAUUGGUGGAAACCUGCCUGGUGUUCACUACAUCCGAGAUGUUGCAGAUGCUGAUGCACUAAUAUCAUCCUUGGAGAAAGCAAAGAAGGUGGUUGUUGUUGGUGGUGGUUACAUUGGUAUGGAGGUUGCUGCAGCAGCUGUUGGUUGGAAACUUGAUACAACUGUCGUAUUUCCCGAGAAUCAUCUGCUGCAAAGACUAUUUACUCCUUCACUUGCCCAGAGAUAUGAAGAGCUUUACAAAGAGAAUGGUGUUAAAUUCAUGAAGGGCGCCCUGAUAAAAAACUUAGAAGCUGGUGCUGAUGGACGUGUAGCUGCUAUAGAACUUCAAGAUGGGUCUAGAAUUGAAGCAGACACGGUUGUUAUAGGCAUUGGAGCAAAACCUGCUGUCAGUCCCUUUGAAAGUGUGGGUCUGAAUACCACUGUUGGUGGCAUACAGGUUGAUGGUUUGUUUCGAACGAGUGUCCCUGGAAUCUUUUCAAUUGGAGAUGUAGCAGCAUUCCCGUUGAAGAUCUAUGAUCGCGUUGCACGCGUUGAACAUGUUGACCAUGCCCGUCGAUCAGCACAGCAUUGUGUUAACGCCUUACUGACUGCACAAACUCACACGUAUGACUAUCUUCCCUACUUCUACUCGAGGGUAUUCGAGUAUGAAGGAAGCUCUAGGAAAGUUUGGUGGCAAUUUUACGGAGACAAUGUUGGAGAGACGGUUGAAGUUGGGAAUUUUGAUCCAAAAAUAGCAACUUUUUGGAUAGAUUCUGGUAAAUUGAAAGGAGUCCUCUUAGAAAGUGGAAGCGCUGAGGAAUUCCAACUUCUGCCUAAACUCGCAAGGAGUCAGCCGCUUGUUGACAAAGCCAAACUUCAGAACGCAUCUUCAGUGGAGGAGGCACUAGACAUUGCUCGGUCAUCUUUGCCGGUUGAUGCUACAGUCUAGAACCCAAUUAAGCAACGCAACUUUUAGAAGAUUUCAGAGCAUAUCCCAUGUCUUUUUUCCGUCACAACCACUCCAAUAAUGACAUUAUAGUGAAUAAUUACUUGCUUUUAGGGCGUUGAACUCCAUUUAUCUUUUUCAAAAGCGCCUUUCCUCUUUGAGAGAAUUUUUGUACCUUUCAGGGUAUUUAUAUCGAGAGAGAGAGAGAGAGAGAGCUGACCUGGCAUGUUUAUAAAUAAUUGUGCCACAUAAAAGUUGAGUGGUUAUUAUGGAUUACGUAGGCAAAUUCAAUUGGUUGCGCGGCUGCUACGCAACAAAUUAUGAUAAAGUCGACGUUGUUCUUACGUCUUUGUAUAAGAAGUUUGUUUU